AUGUCAUCGUACUGGGCGGUGCUGCUCAUUUUCCUCUUCUUCCUCCCCCAUCCAGGAACCUCAAAAGAUUGCUACAAUUUCGCCCUGUUCCACACGACGGGCCAGAUGCAAGUGGUGGAUGUCGAGAAGACGGAUUGUCCACAAGAGGCACAUUGCUAUCAUCAGAUCAUUCGCCUGAUGGAGUCGGCAGUAUGGCAUAUCGGUGGCUGUGACCGGGAGACGACGUUCUGCCGUCCAGAUGCCCUCUAUCUACCUGGGGGAAUCGUGUACCGGGAGCCAACUCGGGAAUACGGUGUGCUGUUGCAUCGAAGAAAACUG